AUGGAAGCGUUUGGUAAGGUGAAGACUGCUUUGACCCAAGCCCCUAUUGUGAGAGGACCGGACUGGAGUCAACCGUUUGAGAUUAUGUGUGACGCCUCCAAUUAUGCAGUGGGAGCGGCGCUGGCUCAGCGUGAUGCUGUUCAUUAUGUUUCUAAAUGGGUGAGAUUAACAGAUCUACUGAAGAGACAUGGCAUUGUUCACAAGGUGGCAACAGCCUACCACCACCAGACCAAUGGAAAGGCUGAGGUGUCUAACAGAGAGAUAAAGCAUAUCCUGGAGAAGGUAGUCAAGCCUCAUCAAAAGGACUGGAGUUCCAGGCUUGCAGAUGCGCUUUGGGCUUACCGAACAGGGUACAAUACACCAAUCAGAAUAAGUCCCUUCCGCCUAGUCUAUGGAAAGGUUUGCCACCUCCCAGUGGAGGUGGAGCACAAAGCUUUCUGGGCGGUACAGGAAUAUAACCUAGGAUUGGCAGGAGCCGGAGUUGAGAGAAAGCUGCAACUACAAGAACUGGAGUGCCUUCGCUUAGAAGCAUACGAGAACUCCAGGCUAUACAAAGAGAAGGUGAGGGCUGUACAUGACAAGAAUAUCAAGCGGCAAGAGUUCUGA